UGAGCUAGCAUCUCUCCAGACUGCUCUGCCCAUCACUAAUCUGCUUUAGUGGGACUGACUCAUGCUGAAUGCACACACAGCAGCUUGUAAUAGCAGAAGACACCCAGUGUGCCUCUCCAGUAGCUUAACCUCUGCUCAGUCCCAGAGAGCCUCCCAUUUAACCACCAGAGAGGUGUCCUUCAUUCUCAGAACUGAGAUCCUGUUCUUUUCUUAUAAACAAACACCAAAGGAUGCUGCCAGGCUGAACAUCCCCAGCCAGCAUCUGUCCUAACAUGAUGUAGAUCUCUGUAUCCAGCUGAAUUCACUAUAUCCUCUAUCUCCAAAACAAGGGGUACAUGUGCCUUCUCUGUGCCUACUAAUCCUGGGUUCCUUAGGGUAGUGGUACCCAGAAGAUCUCUACUUUGGUCUUUCAUCGUCAUUGCUUCAUCCUUCUGUGUCAUCAAGAUUUUGAUGGGAGCGACAGUAUCCUUAAACAGAACAGCCCCCCACCCCUCCUGUCAUUGAGCCCUAAAGGGGCCAUCUAUGCCAUCUUAUGGUAGAACCAUCCCCCAGAGUACCCGUGAUGUGGGUGAAAGUCAGGUUUGCGUGCCAGCAGAGAGGCCUCUGUGUGCCGUCGUGGCCUGCGUGCCAUAGGAUUGCCAUCUCCGAGCUGAGACAACUAUUGGGCAAUGGCACUCUUGUCUUGGUUCAGGUGGAAUGAGCCACACCUACGCCUUGCUCAGCGAAAUCCGACCGAUAUGGUGGUUGACACAUUAAUGGUGGAGCUCAACUGGCAGCUGAAGCAAGCCGAAAAAAUACAACGUGAGAAGGAAAACGAGUACAGAAAAAUAAAGACUGGUGUGGACUACAGCUGGCUGGUCAGCCACCCAAAACACAACUUUGAGGUCAGUCCUGGAGAGAGGCUAGAACUGGAGGACACAUGCAGCAAGAUUCACCCUUCGUACUGCGGGCCUGUUAUUCUGCGCUUCAGGCAGCUUGUCACAGAGUAUGAACCUGAUGUGCAAGAGGUACCACGUCUCUUUCGCUCGGUCCUACAGGAAGCCUCUGAGAAAAUGAAAGAAGAGGAAGAGACAAAGAAAAUAGCAAAGCAAUGGAACACAAAGCGAGCCAUGAGUUUAUCUCUUACAACCUUCAAGUCUCGAGCCAGAAUUUAUCCUUUCGCUAGUGACAUUAAGACAAUUUCUGAAGAUGUUGAGAGAGAAGCAUUGCCCACACGAAGGGUAUGGAGUAUGCCUGAGUUUAAAACCACCAAAGAUGACUGAGCCCAGUUUUUCAAAGGCAAACUAACAAUAAAAAAAUAUUUUUGUACUUGUGGGAGAUGUAUAACGAAGAGGUUUUUUUUCUUUUACCUUUUUAUACUUUAUUUUCUUUUUUUAUGUCAUUUAGGUGAAUCUUGGAAACAAGUCUCUCAAACUCUAGGUAUUGUACUGCAUUUCACAUGAGCCUCAGGAAUGUGCUGAUUGAGAAUUAUAUGGAUUUUAGUUCAGCCUGGUUUUACAGUUAUUACAGUGACAUUAUAAGCAUCCAAACAGCAUUAGCUUAAUAAAGUGGUUUUAGUGUUUAGAUCAUGCCCCUGCAGUCUGACUGUUCGGAUCUCUGCCAUUUAGGAGUUAAAUCACUUUGUUUAUACACCUCCCCUGCAUGUGACCUACACAGUCUCCCUAGAUUUAUUUUAUUUCCUGUAAAGUGAAAUCUAAUGUUCAAACUUCCUUUAUUGCACAGUCUGUUUAAUUUAGAAUGUUGUAUCUUCUGCUUUGUUAGUAGCCUGGUAGAGCCUAUAAGAGCCUCCUGUGUGUGAUUAAAGUUCAAUCAAUAGAGCAGGAGAUUAAAACGUCUAAAUUAAACACACUGAACUACUUGGAAAUUAAACCAUUUUUUUCAUGAAGGUCGUGUGAGUCACAGCCUCUAGAGAGAGUGAAGGUGUGAGUGAAUUUGGAGGAGUACAUUGGCGAAUGUUGUAUUUGUAACAAUAUUCCCCUAUGUGUUGCGAAUUCCUUUAUAGAUACACGGCUGUAUCCCAGUUCUUUCACAUAUAUAUAUAUAUGAGGUGUGGCUAGUGCUACAUAAACAGAAACAAAAGUGAUUUAACUCCUAAAUAGCUGAGAACUGAGUAGUGAGACUGUAGGGGCAAGAUCUAUACACACAAACUGCUUCAGAAAGCUAAAGUUGUUUUGGUACUUUAACUUCAAUCAUUUUGCUAAAUGUUAUUUUUGUUACCAUGUCAAAAGUUCUUAAGCAACUUAAGCAACAAGGGCUGUGCCUCUGUGUAUAAAAUUUCCACAGUAAUUUAACUUCACAAUUAGUUAAAAAAUGUGUUGAAUGUAUUGUG